CUCGGCUUAUCAGUACGGUGAAUAUGGUACCAGGCAUUGUCCAUUUCUCAGACCAUUUCUCAUUUGGCAUCCGAACGGGCCGGUAGUGCAAUUGUGGUAGAUGAAGAAAUAAAGUAAAUGGCUCCGACUGCGGUGUAUUUUAGUUUUAUAGUGAGCUUAUAUCAUGUACAUUCGUUAAAUUUACCCGGUCCCCUCGUGUAUGUAGUGACUCCCGCGCCACGCACGCCGGCCACGCUGAAGAUCGACGAGGGAAGAUCGGCGCCCUUCUAUUACCACAACUGGAUGAGGAGGAUGGAUUCGCCCAAAAAUGCUUCGAGUACCACGACCACGACUACGCCGAAAGUGGAAACGCCAGAUUUGAUAUUUGCUGAAUUCGAAUCUCAUAAUGGAGAUAACUAUAGAAAAUCAUUGAGGAACCUGUUGGAGAAAGAAAAAAUACAAUCCAAAACAUCUACCACCAUGAAGCCAUUAUAUGUGUCCGACGAAUUCCCGGAGCAAACUUCUCAAGUAAAUUAUGUUGUGCCAGACAGUAACACCCAUGAAGAAGACAAAUUGAAGGCGAGCACUCCUGAUAUGACUGAUUAUUUUGCUCUUUAUAAUAAUCUAUACGGUAACAACAACGCUGCCCCAGUAUUGAUUCCAACUACUACUGCAUCCACUACGACGACGACCACAACCACAACUGCAGCCCCGAAGGUGAACAAUGUAGAGGAUAUCUGGCAUGUGAUCGAUAGUGAAAAGCAUAAUCAAAUUGCUGGACAGUGGGAAGAAGUGCCUGUUGAUGUUGAGAGUGAUAAAACUAUUACACCUGGUAUGAUCUCCGAGAAAGAACCCCAAAAUGAGGAUAAAACGAAAAACGAAGACAUGAUGGAUGAGAACUUUGCUUUACCUGGAUUUGGAACAAAUCCUGGAAACGGAGCCGAAAAUGAAUCCAGGGCCAUUAGGACUGAACCAAAUAUUCGUUUUCCCUAUAUUAAUUUAAAACCAUUCCAAGUAAAAAAUCAUUUGCAAACAAUAAGAAAACCAAUAACGCCCUGUUUACAAAUCUGGAUAACUUUCAUGAAAUAACAAAUCCAGUUAGAGGGGAAUCCCAAGAUGUUGCGCCAGUACGGCAGCCCAUCGAUCGUUAUAACCCUGCGCAAGCGUAUGUGCCCCCAUCUAGAUAUGGUAAAAUAAAUACAAAACAAGAUUCUAGCGCCAAUAGUGCACCUGUAAAGUCAGUUGCGAACUUGGUGCCUCCUCCGCCCCCUCCACCGCCAUCUACUGGAAACAAUUUCCCAGCCCCCGAUAGCUACGAAUCAUUUCCACCUUUUGCUUCCGCUGAUACAAAUCCUGCACCUGCCGCUCCAAGUCCUCAACUACCCCCAUCAGUUUUUAAACCUUCGGCCCCAAAGUAUCAACCUCCAAUGGACACAGCGACAUAUGAUUCACCCAGUGAAGAUAGCGAUUCCGAUAGUCCACCUGUGGAUUUAGGCUACCGAUACAAACCACCUGCACCUCCUGCUAGACCUUUUCUUCCGACAUUACCGCCUCUGUCAAAACCAUUUAAGGGAUACUCCUAUGAUAAACCCGGGAUGCCAAUGGAUGACCCUCCUGCAAUGGAUAAACCACAGUACCCCGGUUACCAUUAUAAAAAACCCGAGGCUGAAGCUCCUCAAAGCGAUGACCUUCCACCAAGUCCUAGCUACGAUCACCACGGACCGCCUUCGUAUGAAGGACCUGACUAUCCCGAGCUAAUAUUUAACAAACAUCAUGGUGAUGAUGACAGCAAAGGAGGCGACGAUAUGAAAGGAGGUGAUGAUAUGAAAGGAAACGACAUGGGAAUGAUGCCUCCGCCUCCAGGGCCCGAUAUGGACAACUCUGGGCCGCCAUCUGACGCUAAUGGGUUUCCCCAUGACUUCCCUGGAGAUUUCAAAUAUCACCACGACUUUGACGACCACGAUUUCUAUCAUCAUCACCAUCACCAUCCCACAACAACAACAACAACGACGACGACGGAGAUGCCUCGUGUCAAUCGAUACAGUUAUUAUUACUUGGGUAAAAAGUUGUAUUACUUACCGUUAUAUUUCAGCGUUUACUUUAUCUGUUAUGUAGGGGCAUUGAUUAUUAAGGCAGUGUUAAGACACAAGAUUGUAUAUCCUAACAGCUUCAGACCAAACGACCAAACAGCUAGUUUCUUUUCAAAGCGCUCUGUAGAUUCAUGGGAUCUUUCAAAUGAAAAUCUGCACGAGAUUUCAGGAAGAGUCACGGCCGCCAUUAGUAAAGCUGCUGAAAAAUAUAUGAACAAAGUAAAACAAGAAUAAACGUACAUAAUGUACCAACGUAUUAUCGCAAUACCUACUAGGUCAAAGAAUUGUUAAUGUUAGUGUGUAAUGUUAAUUACAAAUUAGUUGUGAACUGGACAUAUUCAAUUCUGUAAAAAGUAUAUUUUUUGAGUAUAGUUCAUUAUCACAACGUAAGAUUUUUGAGACUUAAUAUAAGGAAGUAAGUUACUAAUGAGAGAGCCGUGUUGAAAGUUAUGCCAUUUUAUAUUGCUCAAUAAAAUAAGUUGU